GACAGUCGACUUUCGCAUGUCUCAUUGAACAUCUCGUUUAAAUCAUUAAUUCAAUAUUUACAAAAAAAUAUAACAGAAAUUUUAAUAGAGAUUAUAUAUUAGAAAAAAAUAAAAUGAUUGAAAAAUCAUUUCUUCACACAUUUUUUGUUUUGACGAUAUUUUUGUUUAUCAAUACAUCCAGUGCACAAAACUGGCAAGACGAUAGGUGUUACUUGAACAACAAUCAAGUCGGCCGAUGUAUAAACAUUCGUCAAUGUCCACCUAUGAUAGAGCUUCUACAACUAUCUUCAACAUUUCCCGAAAAUAUCCAAACCCUUAGAGCAGCUCAAUGUGGUUUCGAAGGCCGAGAUCCCAAAGUUUGUUGUGUUUUAAAUAACUUAUCACCAAUACAACCCCCAGCUACAACAGAAUUUUACGAUGUCUCUAACAAUAGUGGCAAUAUUAAUUCACGCAAUAGCUUACUUCCGCGGGACUGUGGACGAGAUCUUUCCGUGAGGAUUUUUGGAGGUGAACGUACAGACAUUGACGAAUUUCCAUGGAUGGCUCUGUUAGAAUACCAAAAACCAAACGGAAGAACAACAGCAUGCGGAGGAGUAUUGAUUAGCAAUCGAUACGUUCUGACUGCGGCCCACUGCAUAAAAGGAAAGGAUUUACCAAAAAGUUGGCGUCUUCUUGGAGUCAGAUUGGGUGAAUAUAAUACAGCAACAGAUCCGGAUUGUAUCCCAGACUUAGGCAAUACUGAAAUUUGCGCCCCACCAGUAGUUAGUAUUGGAGUAGAAGAGCAAAUAGCUCAUGAAGACUAUAGACCAACGGCUAGAGAUCAACAAAAUGAUAUAGCUUUACUAAGAUUGUCUACACCCGUAACGUUUACUGACUAUAUUAAACCUGUUUGUUUGCCAAACAAUGGAAGUCUAUCUCAACGUCUGUGGGUAGCUGGGUGGGGAAAGACGGAGACCAGAAGCGAAUCUGACUUUAAGUUAAAACUCUCAGUUCCUAUCGCUGAUCGCCAAGACUGUUUAGCACGAUACGGAAAUUCAGCAAUAGCUCUUUCAGAAAAUCAAAUUUGUGCUGGUGGCCAGCGAGGAAAGGAUUCAUGUAGAGGUGAUUCCGGUGGCCCUCUCAUGUCUGUUGAAAGGGGCAUGGAUGGUACUGGAAGAUGGACAACCGUUGGCAUUGUUUCUUUCGGUCCCUCUCCUUGUGGUAUGCAAGGUUGGCCAGGAAUUUAUACCAAAGUUUCCCAUUACACCGAUUGGAUUUUACGUAAUAUGAGACCUUAAAGUUGACUUUUUUUUAUUAUUAUAUGAACAGUCUAAAGAUAUCAUAAUUAAAAGACCUAAUUUGACGACGAUAAAAAUAACCAUCUAAACUCGUAAAUCAUAAGUAGUUAAAUAUGUUCUAUUAUUUUUUUUAUCUUUUUAUUAUGUUUGAGAGCCAGUUUUGCAAUUCAGGAUAAAAUUUUAUCUAGAAUAAAAUUAGUAUUAUCAGUAUAUCUGUAUCUUGUAUAUUAUAUACAUGGAGUAUAUAGAUAUAUUGGCUGCGUUCAAGUUUACUAAGUUCUGAGCAGAUCUGAACAUAUCUUGUAGCAACAACUUAAAAUAACUAUAUUAUUUUUUUUUUUUAAUCUAUAAUAAAACAAUGCAAGGUAUAUUUAUUUAAGUGUGUCUAAAAUUAAUUUUUUUGGUAGAUAAAGUCAGCCCUGCUCAGAACUUAGUAAACCUGAACGCAGCCAUUUUAACAUUGAAUAAAAUUUUAUCCCACUUUGUAAAACACUAAAUCUAAUAAAAAGUGAUACAAAUAAAAGCUAA